UGUUUAAAUUUGUGGUGGCAACGUUAAUAUUAGUGAUUUUGAGCUUUAGUCUUUUGUUGUGUGAUAAAACUACGUUAGUAAUCAAUUGUAAGCCCAACUGCUAAGACACGGAAUUAAACGCGUUGUCGUUGUCGUGAGUUUCUUAACUGAGGAUACUAAACUGUUUAAUAAAAAACUGUUUACUUUUUUUUUGUUAUCCAAGUAGCUGCGCUUAAACUAUAAUUAAACCGUUAAACGUUUAUACUUUUAGUCAUAAAACUUAAGUCGAAGCGUUAGCAUAUACGUAUCCGUCCAUUUUUCUAGAAAUUUUGGACUAUUUAAAUACUCACUUUAAGCCACAACUAACACAAACGCACACACUUUUACAAACACAAUGAAGCAACACAUAUUUGCAUUGGCAUGCUUAUGCAGCGCAGCCGUACUCAUAUCCGCCGUUCCUCUGCCUGCCAAUAACAAGGAAUUAGAUGUGCUACAGAUUCCACUUGCAAAUGGAAAGGAACUUGAUGUUUUAACACUUGGAGCCAAAGAUCAGGAACAGAUCAUCGCAGACAGAAACAAAAGAACAAUCGGACUCUUACGUGAACUGUUCCCUGACAUUACAAAGAACAUUGCAACAGACACACAAAUUGAUAUAUCAGCAAUAAAUAAACAAUUAGAAGAGACAAUACGCGUCGCACGUCAAGUCAAGGAAGCUGAAGCAGCCGCGAAUGCUAUUGCCGCACUACAGAAAUCCAAUGAACCCAUUCAAUUAAGUUUUAACAACGAGGUCGCGCCUGUGUCCGGUGAAACUAAAAACAAUAAUGAUCAACGCUUCUCGGAAUCAAAGUCACCAGCAAUCGAUGAACUAACUUUGGACUCAGCGGAAGAUACGGCCGAUUUGGAUGAUCGUAACAAAAGUAAUAUUUUUAAAAGGUUUUUGAGUUUCGGCGGUGCCGGUUUAGCUGGUGGCUCAAGCGGCGGUUCAGGUGCCAAUGGUGCUGGUAAUGGCAAUGCUGCUCCUGGCGGUUCCGGAAAUUUCCUCUUCGAUAUCGUUCGUCUCUUCUCUGGCAGUGUACAGACUCAAGCCGGAGAUGAAUCAGCCAAUAGUGCCAAUACAGUAAGCGGUAGCACCGAUUCCACCGACGCUGAUUCAAAUCGUGCUGCCGAUGGUUACACAGAAGGAAUUCCCGGUCCCGUUACCAGAUUAGUAGUUUUGGCCAAUAGAGGUUUAGCUAAUUUAGUGCAAGAUUUGAUAUUGCGCGUUGCUGCCACCAGCGAGAAAUUCGUUAACUUCAAAGCAAAACUGAUAACAGCGCUUAUUUAAGCCUGCCGUGCUAUGUGCUAUUUUCACAUUUUUCAACACUUUAGUUUUCAUCUACACUGUAAAAAAUUUAUGUACCGCAAAAUUUCAUCGCCAACAAAACAAAAGCUCAGUCAAAAAAUCAACCAGAAUUACUAUAAACUAUCAUUUUAGAAACUUAUUUGAAAGCAUUUUUAUUUAGUUUAAUUAUUGUAUUGUAUUGUAUAUUUGACUACUAAAAAAUACUGCCGCUAUUUCAUAUCAAAAGUAGUUUGAAAAAUCAAAAGUAGUUACUCAAAAAAUUAUUUAAAAUAUAUUAGAAAAUUUAAAUUUUAUUUAUUGUAAACCUCUUAUAACAACUAUUUUCCAAUACUCUUUUACUAUAUUAAAAUUCUACUCUAUCAGAAUUAUUUCUCACAUCAAUCCCUAACAACAAUCGUAUCGUAGUAGCUAUCUAACAUCUAUUGAAAAAUCCUAUUAACCCUAGAGUGCUUGUAAAUAUUGUUAUAUCUACUCUCUAUGCUUUUCACUAUUCUGAAGUUUAAAAUUUUCCCACUUUUCAAAACUUUCAGCUAUUUUAUUUGUAAAAACGAC